AUGGAACAGUCAAAGUCUCUGAGGCUAGGGAGGAUCCAUCUCUCCUCCAGCGCCAAGUUAUGGAUCAUCGUCGGAGUCGGCGUCGCUGGUGCUAUAAUCAUUGCCGAGUCUGCCCGCAGGAGACGGAGACGGGAGAAUGGGGAAUCAGUGACGAAGGAAGACUUCGGGGCAUUCAUCGAGCGCUUCGAGCUCCUCCCCGCUCCUCAGCCGCCACCCCCUGCUGCCCGGCAACCGCUCGCGGAGCUCAGGUUCGCCGUCAGCGACAGGUAGACGAUACGCGCGCCUUUUCUUCCGUUGGUGCACAUUUUGUUGAUCCUUUACCCGUCCAUUUGUUUGUUGCUGUGCUAUUAAUUGGAUUCUAUUGUUACUAUUCUUUUUUUUUAUUCUAAGUUUUGAUAUCAAGGGUUACGUUACCGGUUUCGGGAACCCUGAUUGGAAGAGGACGCAUGAGCCGGCGAGCAGGACAGCCGUUGUGGUCUCAUGUCUCCUGAAACAGGGGGCCACAUGUGUUGGGAGGACAGUUAUGGACGAAUUUGCAUUUGGGUUUGUAUUUUGAACGAUCACAUUCUCAAUUGUAUUUUUAUUACGUAACAUAAUUGGACUUAUUGGGAUGUUCUCAAUCAAAGCUUAUUUCCGAUCCUGGGUAUUGCAGCAUCACUGGAGAAAAUGCACAUUAUGGGACACCCACAAAUCCAUAUGUGCUACAGCUGAUGCCUGGGGGAUCAUCAGGUGGCUCUGCUGUUGCCGUUGCUGCUGGGCUGAUUGAUUUUGCACUUGGUAUGAUACUGAAUUUUUCUGUCCAGUCUCAUUCUCGAUUAGUUUUCAGAGAGAUUCCCAUAGUUUUAAAUGCAAAAUAUAUCACAAAAGGGAGGUGCGUUUGACGACCUGGGAAAGUAGGCCCAAAAAAGUGCUCUCCUUGUUGACUUUCGGUGGCUUCAUUACUAUGUAUGCAUAUUUUUUUAGUUAGGCGAUUCAGGUUGGAACAUUCCAUUUCGAAUUUGUCCUGAAUAUUUUGACCUGAUUUUGCCUGAAUCUUUUUACGACUAAUUACAAAAGGGAGGAGAAUACUUGAAUGCCUUGUUCAAGAACGUCAUAAAUUAAUAUACUAUUAUUGAAUAAUAUUUUCCCUAAGGAUGUUGUUGGUGGUCAUGAAGAAUCAAGCGUGAAGGAAAUUAGCGAAACUCCACUUCAAAACUACGAUUGCCAGUCCAUAUUAAAGUAACAUUUUGAGUGACGGCAUAUUUAAUGAACUCCACCACCAAAUGUGACUCACUCUAAAAUCAUCCUGGCCAGCAUCGUUAUGUUUAAUAGAUGACAUAUGCAGUGAGAGUGUGCGGAUUUUGUACAUUGGUGCUGUACCAUUUUCAUUAAGGUCUUUCACUCGUUUUCUCAUUAAAAAGUUCACCUGAUACAAAAUACUUUUUUGAUAGUUAUAAUGACGAAGAAUAACUAGAUUUUACUUGGCAUUACGUGAAAAUUGUGUGGAUAGUUCAUUAAUAUCAUUAGAUAAUUAACUUGAAAGGUAAGUAAGCACAUAAUAAAAUAGGUGCUAUGGAUCGUAUUCUCAUUAGUAUAAAACUUAGCUUGAAUAGAUGCCUUAUCUUGUUACUUUAAGCAAUAGGUUAUAGGUCAGUGCCUCGCUUGCCUCACCUCUACCUUCAUAAAAGACAAAAGUUGGUUGAGAAUUGGCAAGAUCAGGGUACCAUUCCUUUCUGCUGUCACCAUGCACGUCACAUGCUACGGCUGUUGCGGGUUUUUGAUGAAUUCAAAUUAACUUACUGAUUCAACAUGUCCUUACUCUAUUUUACAAAUUAUGUAGAUUCAGGGAAAAAUGUCUGGCCUGUUUAAGUGUGCUAUUGAUUUGGAGAAAAACCAUAUGUCUAAGUUCAACGUUUUUUCAGUUGAUAUUUCAUACAAUUUUUGCAAUUUUUUUUUCAUAGUUAUAUCCUUUAGCAAACUUAGACCAUAACUAUAAGGCCUAAUGCCCGUUGUAGAUUAUCUUUCUUAGUUCAGUUCAGUUGUUUUGAUGUUGUGAUGGAAGCCCUACUUAUGAGAAGUUCUGGAAACUUCAAAGAUUUUAUCUAAAAUAACCAUCAGACUUUUUUUGAAUGACGUAACAGAAUGGGCAGGGUUAGUCGCUGUGUGGAGCAACAUGAUUUAUUUCUGAGUUUCUUGUAACCAAGAAAAUAUGGUUGCAUGAAUCUAAUUUAUCAAAGAAUAUGAGUUAUUUAGCAAAUGUUGGAAUCAGAGUUCAUUAACAGUUUUGUGUAUCAUUCGUAGAUUUACUCACCACUUUUUGUAACGAUGAACAUGUAAUUCUAUGGACUCCUGAUCAGAUGAGAACAAUUGUAUUUUGCAGGGACUGAUGUAGUCGGAUGUGUGAGGAUUCCUGCAUCCUUAUGUGGCAUUUUCGGAUUCCGACCUUCUCAUGGUAUCUUGUCCACUGUUGGAGUGUUGAUAAAUUCAAGAAGCUUAGAGACAUCUGGUAAAAAGGCAUCGACUUUUUUUUCUAAUUCUCUGAGUACCAGAAUUCAAUAGGACCAAUCUUUUCACCAUUUAUAUGCUACUGCAAUUCUGACAAGAAAUGCAUUAUAUAUAUUUUUUUCUUCCUUUCUAUUUUUAAGUAUACUUCCCUUGACCUUUUGUCCGUUUGCAUACUUCUAUUAGAGAUAUUUUAUAUACACAUAUGUGCGAACUUACCUGAAUCUUAAUUUGAUGUAGGUUAGUAUCUAAAUCUUGAGUUUGGCGUUUUCAAGGUUUUGCUAUUUGUCUCAUUUGAUAAUUGCGACUGAUAUGUUAAAACACGACUUCGGUGUCUUUGUGGAUGUACUACAGACAUACAAAGUCCAGAAAUAUUAGGUGUCAGUGUUCUUGGAACUUAAUACGUAUUGCUAUUUCUUGGAAUUCCGUGGCCAAAAUAUUUGCACAUUCAAGUGCUGGAGUACGACCCUGAUGCAUUUCAGUUUGCCCCUUAGUUGUUUAUUGCUCUUCGAAUUCUGCUCGCACGAGCCUUAUGACAUCUUUCUUCUUUAUGCGCUUACACAAGCUGCGGGGCUUUUUUACCGUCUUCUGAUGCAUGAUAUUCGCAGUCUGUGCAUCCUUUUUUCAUCACGUUCAUUUAGAGCUUGGGGCUUGUUCCUCUUAGUUAUGCAUCAUAUGGCAAAUUUGGUGGGUUAAAUCUGACCAGAAAUGGAUCAGUUGGCCUGAUUGACCAUGGUGGAAUAAAUAAAAUUAGCUUUUUUGCUGUCAUCACCUUUGUUUAAAAGAUGGGGAAUUUUAUCUGUCUUUGCAUGAUUAAUUUGCUGCUUUUUGCAUUUAUCAUAUUUAAUUUUCUAUUGUUUAGGGCUGUUCGCCCAAGAUGUAUCUGUUUUGCAUCGGGUUGGGAACGUAUUACUACAAGCUCCUUCAUUGGGGCCAAAAAGAAAAAGACGCUUCAUCAUUGCAGAUGACUGCUUUCAGCUUUCAAGGGUUCCAAAAGAGAAAACUGUGCAUGUCUUAAGCAAAGCUAUUGAGAGCUUGUCGGGUUGUAAGUAUUCUUGUCCGUGUUUAAAGGCUCAGAGAUGAGAUAUGCUUGUUGUUUGACAUUAUUAUCUGGUUAGUUCUGUUGAAUAAGUUUGAUGAGUUUUUGAGUUUUAUAUUGUUUUUAUUGGGUGCGCAGACCAACCGCCAGAACAUGUGAAUAUUGGGCAGUAUAUUGCAUCAAACGUACCGAGCUUAAAACAGUUCUGUGAAUCAUCUACGAAUAUCCAAAAAGGAACAUCAGCUUUGAAGGCUUUAUCAGCUGUGAUGUUAUUGAUACAGAGGUGCGUGUGUAACUCGUUUUUGUAGCUUGAUCUUGCACAUCUGAAACAAAGAUUCUGUUUUAUUUAUUCCGAUCUUAAUUUUUUUGGGAGUUGCAGAGUAAAGAAAUUUCCACUUAAAGAAAAAAUUGUGGAUAAGGUUUUUAACUAUCCACAAUGUUAACACUUGUAAUUUGCACUUUCAGGCCAAGGUUUUUAACUACUGUAAUUCUCAUGGUAGUGUCCCCACUCGUUAUGGCUUGAGCAUAUUGCACAACAAACUACUAUCGGAAAUUAUCUUUCUGUUGAAUUUUUGUUUGAAUAUUGAAUUUAGCAACAUUCGUAUGCAUAUCCUUCUAUUCAUACUGUUUUACAUAACUUUUUUUUACUAACCGAUCUGCAAAAAGUGAAAGUGGAUAUGGAUGCCUUCUAAUAUGGCUUGAAGUUUCUUAGUAUCCGCAAGCUUAUCUUUUGGAAGAGAUAAAUGAUUUCUUGUUACUAUUUUAAUAUGAUUCGUAGUUAAUGACAUUGGAAGUGGCAGCGGUUGUUUGGAAGGUGGGUUAGCUAUUUUGAAACGUUUGGGUUGGUUAAUGGAAUGAACUUUUUGCGGGGUACAAAAAGUUGGGGGCCAUGUUUGAAAUCUUAUCUGGGUUGCUGAUCCCCAGAGGCUCAAUUCGAGUUGUCAUGAAUGUGAUCUGAAAGCCAAAACACAUGAGUUAUUCUCCAACAUCAGAUGCAACUAGACCUGGAGGCAAGUGCCUUGUCCAGAUCUAGUGUCAGGUGAACACCCACUGUGGAACAAUACCUCUGGUUUAAUGCCAGAGUCGGGAUAUUACAUGCAUCGGCGUGCUCUGGAUAAUUCAGUUGGGAAUACACGAUCGCGGUAAAAAAAAAACGCGAGAAAACAUUCGAAAAGCUGCAGGCUAGUUCAGUUGGCAGUGGGCUAGUUUCUUCUUGUCCCCGAACAGUAUGACUGCUUUAAAAGAAUUCGACUGAAUUGGAGGAUGGGUUGGGUUACCUAAAUCCGUCCCGGUCAAGAUGCAUUAGGUUCAUAAAUAGGGUGACAUUCUGGUUGCAUUUUGCAGUUAUAGGGCCUGGCAGGCCAUGUGGAGACCAGGAGGGGGAUUCCUUUUCAUUGGACACACCUGAUGCAGAGAGAAAGAAUAGUGGGUGGGGUGAGUGAGUAGAAAGUACCACAUCUCAGCUGUAGAAAUUAAGGAUCUUAAAACUGUAACUUAAAAAAAAUCUUUUCUUGACCAGUACCUCUUAAAACUGGUCAGUUCCAGUGACUUGUGUCAAUUCUUGCAGUUCUUAAUUAGGGAAGAUAGUGGAAGGGUAGUCUGGUGACUGGGAGGAAAAGAGGAAGGAGAAAAAAAAGAACUCGCUUCUGCUAUUAGGCGCAGCAGUCAACUUUAGUGGUGACAGGCAGCAACAGCAACAGCAACAACUUGUAAAGACCAUGGGUUGAGGGUGACAACAGGUGCUGAGGGCUUAGCUGUUUUGUCGUUUUCUUUCUCCUAAUCCUUCAUCUAUACUUUGCCAAUUCAGACAGUUUGUGUGGGAAUUUGAUUUCUUGUCGUUGUUCAAUGGGGCAACUCAAAUCUAUCCAUACUGGUUAGAAAAAAAAAGAAGAGAGAGAACAAAAAAUUGGCUGACCUCACUUGGAUUAACCACUUGCGAACCUUAAUGAAUCUAUGGUGGAGGAAUAGCCAAAUGAUAAGAAGGAGAAAAUAUCCACCAAUGCCAGGCCAGGCUGCUAGAGAAGAAGAGGAAAAGGAAUUUUUUUAAAAAGGCAAUACUGUCCAGCUUUAUAAAAUGAAGAAGGGUUUUGAUGAUUAGCUUGUCUCAACAGGGAAGAUUACAAAACAUCCAAGUCCCUGUUGGUUUCUGUUCCUGUGGGUUACAUAAACCAAUUUUUCCAGAUGAAUAUGAAGAUGAUUGGGGUGGGUGUUUUUUGGAUAAAAGUUUAUAGCGUAUACAAAUACAUAAACCAUUCGUUUUUCAUCCUUAUUCAAAUCAUGUUGUGUUUUUCUUAUGGCCAUCAGGGCAAGAUCAAUCACCGGAUCCGUGUAUGUUGCAGCCCAUUCUUGCCCAUCUAAGCCGGUAUAUCUUAUGCAUCUAAGAAAAAAAUGGGCAUUUAUCUAGGAUAUGAGCUGAUUAUAAUCCUCUCUUAUAGACAAUUCAACUUGAAUAUGAGCCGAUUCCGACCCAAUCCCUCUAAUGGGAUUCAAAAUGAACAUGAGCUGAUUCCGACCCAAUCUCUCUUAUGCGCAUCCAUCAUGUAUAUGCACUGAUUCUGGUACAAUCCACCUCGGGGCCUUUCAUCUUGUAUACGAGCUGAUUCUGAUACAAUCUGUCUGAUUGGCUGUCCCCUUUUUUGGGCUUUUAUUUUCUUAUUUACUUUCUUCCCUGGUCUUUUUGUCAGUAUUUAAUUUUUAGAUGAUUUUUCCUUUCACCCUCAUCUUGACACAAUAUUUCAUUUGCGGACUUUUCAGAUAUGAGUUCAAAACAAAUCAUGAGGAAUGGAUUAAUACUGUCAAGCCGAAGUUAGGUCCUGAUAUCUCUUGUCGUAUUCUUGCAGCCAUGGAGUACACACAUGAAAAUAAUAAAUCUUUAUAUAAAGUUAGAACUGAGUUGCGUUCUGCACUGAAUAGCCUGAUUAAGGUAUGCUUUCUCAGAGUAUCAAUUUUUUUGGGGAUAUUUAUUGGAUAGGCUUUUUCUGCUCUUUUAAUGAUAGGGUACAUCUUUUCUCAAUGCACCAGGUCAUGGAUUUUGUUGGGUUUUUUAUUUGGCAUGAAAUGUUCAAUUUAGCAUUAAAAACUAGCGAUUUUAUAUCGAAAUAAUUUGUCUCUCUACUGGAACAUGCAUGGAAUAAUUUGUACUCUGUGAAGAUUACCUUGCACGGACAUUUAUAUAUGUAACGUAACCAGAAUGCUUUGAACUUUUCGAGUUCAAUGUUCAAACAGAUGCGCCCACAUCUGUCGCAGUUGGCUUCCCAAAUUUCCGAUGACAUUUGACCUUACCAUAUUUCUGUUGUUUCCCAUUUUUAUCAUAUACACUGUGAUAUUCCGCAAAAUGAUCUCCUCUUGAAGGGAAUGCUCCAUGUUCACAUAUGCCUUCUAAGUUGCAUUCCAAGUUAUGGUUCUAGUUAUGAAGAAAAAAAAUGUUAGACGUUCAUCUUUAGGAAAUGUGGAUUCUGUUUCCCAGAAUUAAUUUGAGAAAAGGAUGCGCAAAGAGGAACUUUGUUUUUUGGUAGCAAGCGGUAUAAAACAAUCCUGACAAAAGAAACAUGCCCAAAGUGAAAUGCAAAUACUUUAUACAGGUGGGUUUCUUCUAUUUGUCUGUACAAUCUUCAUUUCUGUUUCCAUCCAUGAUACACGAUAAAGACUCUUUUUAUGUCACCAUUAGUGACUUGUAUAUCUCAUGAAGUGAAAAACGGUUAGUUGAAGGUUUAUAAACAGCAACAUUGUGAAAUUAUUACCUAAUUGUGAAUCGUUCAAGGAUUUAAAUGGAUAGGGGAUCAGGAUUAAUCCUGUCAUCUCAAGAAUAUUUCAGGUAGGUUUUAAAGUAGUAUAAACUGGAAUCAUUUUUAUCCUAGGGAUCAAACAAUAGGGCUGGCCUUUAUGUCUUUAAAUCGUAGUUAUGGCAGUUUUGGAGCCUACGAUGAAUAGCCUCCUUUCUCUGGCAAAAACCUAUCACCAUCAAUUUUCUUAACUUCCCUUGGAUAUUGAACGAAUAUAGCUGCAUUUGUCGGUGAACAUUACAAUUGAUGCCCAGUACCUCUUAGAAAUUGUGGAUUUAAUUUUAUUUUGUCCAAUAAUUUUCAGAUUAAUGUAACGAUGCUUGGUCAUUAGUCCCACAAGCAUGGGUACAUAUUAUUGUGAGAAAUGUUUAUAUUCCAGUGAAAACAAUGUUAUCUCUUAGUCUGAUUAUAUGGUUAUUGAAUGCUUAUUCCCUGGUGCUAUUUUAUUUUUUUUCCAAGUCUUUCUGAGUUGAUAUAUUGGCUAUUGGUUUACACAGGAUGGAGUUUUAGUUAUUCCUACUGUACCAGAUAUUAUGUUACGAGUUAACUCUAAGAAGAAAUUAUCCCUUGAUUUCGAGGACCGAGCAUUCACAAUGUUGAGUAUUGCAGGAAUGUCCGGCUGUUGUCAGGUAUGCAGCUUGUGGAUCAGUUCCUGAGUUAUUGGUUGCUUUUCCUUUUUGACAAUGUGGAUUUCUUGCUGCAUUAACUUUUUUACUUAUUUAUUUAUUUAUUUAUUCGUCGACAGGUUUCCAUACCACUGGGCAAACAUGAUGGCAGGCCUGUCUCUUUUUCAUUCGUAGCAACACACGGAGCGGACAAAUUUCUUUUAGACACUGUUUUGGACAUGUAUUCUUCUCUCCAAGAGCAGGCUAUGAUAGCUUCAACACUACAGCCAGCAUCAGAUGUAAAUGGGGACAUGGAGGCAUCGGAGCUACUCAAAGAAAAGGUUUUUUAUUUUUUGUUCUUCAUAUGGGGCAUCAAUCAUUGAACAUUAAGUGCUUUUCGCUACCUGAAAUAAUCUUCAAACUUCGCCUACACAUGAAUGUGAGAAUAUUGCUUAUUUCAUCUCAUUGAUUGGGGUAUUUAUAUAUACAAUUGCAAGCUUCACAACAUCUCCCAAUACUUCUCCAGGGAAAUGCCGCAUUCAAGGGAAAGCAAUGGAAUAAGGCCGCCAGUUACUACUCUGAAGCCAUCAAGUUGAAUAAUACUUGUGCAACUUAUUACUGCAACAGGGCAGCAGCAUAUUUGGAACUGGGAUGGUAUGAAACUUUAUUUUAACAUAAUUAACAUUGGUUCGUGUGCCUUCUCCUAUAUAUUCACAUAACUCUUGUCAUAUCUUUACAGCUUUCAGCAGGCCGAAGCCGACUGCAGUCACGCAAUUUUACUGGAUAAGAAGGUGAGUACUUGCCUACUCGAAUAUUUGUGAACGGAUAUCUUCUUUCUUCUUCACUUUAUCUUUCGUUACUGCUUACAUUUUACUUUCUGUGCUACACAACAGUCAAGUUUUUCCUAAGAUUACAUUCUAUAUAAAUGAGAUAGUUCUUUCUUAUACUCCUUAUAAGCUGAAUCCAACUACACCUGUGUCCACGUCUGCACGAGUUUCCACAGCACUUGGGAGAGUGGUAGUCGCUUCCAUCAAGGAUUUAGAGAGAGGUUUUGAUAUAAAGUUGGACAUCUGAAGUAUCUAUGAGCCGAGGCGUAUCAUCUGACUUGACUAUGAAGGAAUGAACUUGAGAACUCUCCCCACUAAGAAAGCCGGACAUGGAUAUUCGGAUCGAUCAUUUAAGAGAAUUCCUGAGCAUCUCAGAGCGGUUAAGAGGAAUUUCUCUUUCUGUACAGCAGGACGAUGCUGCUAAAUCAGUAGACUUAAGAUCAUCAUGAACAGUCCUUCAACCAAUCCACCCUUAAUAAUAAUAAUAAUAAUAAUAAUAAUAAUAAUAAUAAUAAUAAUACUACCUGUGUCUUUAUGUUAUGAUGUACCUUUCCUGGAAACGAGAAUGGAGAAGUAAUAGAUUGCGGGUAACACAAGGUACAUAUAAGCAGAAAAUUAAGAUAUGCUGUCUCUGGAGUUUGUUGUCUAAGUUAGUUUCGCCUCUUAUAUAAUCUCAGACAAACUUUGUGCAAGCAGGUGCCAUAAGAAAAGGCUCAAAUGCAGGUUUAAUUUAUCUAACCCCCCACUAUCAAUAUUGCUAUCAACUGUUUCCGUUGGUUUCUCUCUUGAUCUACUGCAAGUCUACACUGAAAACUGCUCCUAGGUUCAUGAGAUAUCUCAGCUAUGAUAAGUAAGGUUACAAUUCAUAGCAGAAGAAGACUGGUCAUCGUCUAUGAUAUGAAGAUCAUAACACCCUCUAGUAGACUACGUGCAAUAAUGAUUGAUUUGAUGAAUUUAUUACGUCAUUCCAUUUGUAUAACACGCAUUCGCUAUUCUUGCAACCACAUUACCCUCUUUUCCUAUGUCUCAUUUAUAUUCUAUGUUCAGAAUGUUAAAGCAUAUUUGAGGCGUGGAACUGCAAGGGAACUGCUACUUUCUUACAAAGAAGCUGCUCAAGGUAAAUUUUUUUUAUAAAAAAACGAAUAACUCUGAAUCUGUUGAACGUUCCUUAGAAUUCUUCUUCAAUGCAUUUGAUCCCUCUCAUCGUGAGUAAAAACAUGAUCGGUAAGGUACGAGCCGGAUGAAGAUGCUGCUCACCAGGUUCAUCAGGAGUACUUUGCCCAAUAGUUUCGUGCACUUCAUUUCAACCUCCUAGUUCUUGUCAUGUUCUUAGAACUAUCUUAGUGAAAAGGUUUCCUAAUCUGUAGUGGAUAAGUGAGCUUCACUGGGUUUGACGCUGCGAUCCUCUAAAAAAUUUGAUUUAUUGCGGCGAAAAAGGAGAGAAAUCUAACUAUUUUUGGACUCUGCUAAUGAUCUCCAUUGGAUCCUCUCCUCUUGGGGUUAAAUAAAUGUGGAACAAGCCAUGUUGCAUGGGAAGAAUCUCUGUCUCUGUCUCUGUCUCUCUGUCUCUCUCUCUCUUUUCUGCAUUUAGAAAGAACCGGAUGAGAGAGGAAGGCCUCAUCAAGAAGUGCCCUGCUUCGUCUCCAUCCAUGGCUGCCCAAUUUGUUUCUUUCUUUGGUGCAUCAGGGUCAGCGGCCUUCUUCUAAAAUGCUCUGUUCUGCCUUUAUGUUGUUGUUGAUAUUUGCAGAUUUUAAGCACGCCCUUGUUCUGGAACCCCAGAACAAGGCCGCUUUAGCAGCAGAGAGGAGACUGAGGAGACUACUCAUGGCCUGA